AUGCGGUACGAGAAGCUGGCAGUUUCCCGUCCACGUCCAGACGUAUGGAUGCUCACCCUCAACUCGCCACCAGACAACCGCUUCACGGUCCGCGUCCUGGCGGAACUGUCGGCGGGGCUGGACCAGGUCGAAGGAGAAUGGCGACUGGCCAACAAAGGCAGAGAGCCAUCCAAGAAGAGCGGCGGUGCGAUAGUCAUCGCUAGUGCGCUGGCCAAGUUCUUCUCCAACGGCUACGAGCCGGAUAUCGUCCAUGGCCCAGGGUUCAUUACCGAUACCGCCUAUCCACCACUGUACCGCGUGCUGUCGUUCCCACUAGUUACAAUCGCAGCAAUCGAGGGUCAUGCGUUCGCGGGUGGCUGCCUCCUGGCUAUGUGCUGCGACUUUCGUAUCAUGGGAACCGGCAAGGCCUGGAUCUCGAUGAACGAGGUGUUCGCCGGCAUGCCGCUGAGCUACGCGGUGGCUGCCAUUGUGUCAACUCGUGUAGACAAGCGCCUGUAUCGAGACAUCACACUGGGAAAGAGAUGGACGGCCUAUGAAGCCCGCGAUGUGGGAAUCAUCGACGAGGUGGUGGACAACAGUGUCGACAGCCGGGCCGUUAUCGACCGUGCGGUCGCGUUGGGCGAGGAGAAGGCCCCGUUGGUGGCAAGCGGCGCGUGGGAUUCAAUAAAGAUCAGCGAGCAUGGGGAGAGCGGCAAGCUGCCUCUCAACCCAGAGGAGCAGGCAAAACGGUUCUGGGGCAAGAUGGAGAAAAAGAAGGCAUACUUGUAA